UGUAGCUGUAAAGUCCAGUGAAGUCCAUUCUCUUCAUUUUCACUCCUUGCUAACUCUUUGACCAUUCACUCUUUGAUUCCAGAGACGUACACUCUUUUACAGACUCUUGGAAAAAUUUCUCUUCAUCUCUAUACCACCUUCAUUUUAAAGAACCAGCGCUCUCACGUCUCCGUUGAUUGUGAGCUCCAGCUUUGAAGAGCAGAUUUGAUACCUACCAACCACCAACUACCGAUUUUUAUCAAGAUUUGACAUCUUUGGCUACCACUACCACUGUCACAAUGUUUUCUAUGAUUGCCAACACCCUUGCAUUGGCCUCUAUCGCUGCUGCUGGCACUGGAAUCUCCAUUACCCCUCACGAUCAAUACUCCAGUUCCGUAGGCGUGUUAGGCUGCAAGAUCAACACCAAUCGUGUUGCCUACUGGCCCCAACAACCCGGUUGCAAUAGCGUUUGCGUUAAAGUGACUGCCAAUGGUCGCUCCCUCAAUCUCCUCCAAGUCGACACCUCAGGCGGGGCCUACGACAUCAGCUACGAUGCAUGGAACUGGCUCAGCACUGGGCAAAAUGCAACAGCCUUGCCGACAAUGGGCGGAGGCAUCCCUGCAGAGUAUGAGUCCGUUCCAAUGGACGAGUGCAAGGACCUGAUGAAGGAUGACAAAUUGCCUCUCAUGGCCGCCCACUCUAUCAACUAUUACGUUGGAUGCCCCGCAGGCUCCUGGGUCCAUGAGAACUCCCAACUUUGGAACAUCCAGAACUCGGUUUGCACGCUCGGCUACAACGAACUCUGCACGCUCGACCUUGCUAUCAGCAACCAACCCAGCUGCCCGCACAUGCUUGGUGAUCAGUCUACGCUUGCGGGUCAGCCCGUGUACAACGUUGCAUACGGAACCGGCAAAGAAAGUCUCGCACUCCAGUAAAUGAUGUGCGAGCCACCGCGAUUGUGUGGCAGCGUGAUUUUCGG